CGAUUUUUAUAAUUAUUAUAGAAUUGUGUUUUGGAGAUUGCAGUGUGUUUUUAAAAUGUCGGUUCACGAAAUACAUCCGAUGUUCCCUUGCACGAAGGAAGACAUACAGGAGAUCAGAAGGGAACUGGGCCUCAAAGAGAGCACUCUGGAGGAAGACAUAGACGCUAUCAUUGAGUGGUUUCAAAAGCAGCCACAUCUCGUCGAAGCUGGAAUUGACCGAGAUUUUGUGGAACGUAUGCUGGUGGUGACCAAAGGCUCGCUGGAGAAGGCAAAGAGAAGAAUAGACAACUUCUACAAAUACAGACUGCUGGCACCAGAAAUAAUACAGAACAGAGAAAAGGUUCUAUCAGACUCUGAAGAUUUGUGGACAUCAUACAUGCAGGUCACGAUGCCCAAAAUGUUCAAAGGUCACAGAGUUAGUGUGGUUAAGUUUCUGACGGCAGACCCGAGUGAUUUCAACAGUGAAGUUUUCAUGAGAAAUACUUUUAUGCUAGCAGACAUCAGAAUGAAAUACGACUACUUCCUAGGCGAUAUCUGGGUGCUGGAUAUGAAGUACGCCACCUUCGCACAUCUGCUCAGACUGAACCCUAAUUUAAUGCAGAAAUCAGCACACUUAUUCCAUGAAGGCCUCGGUCUUCGCAUCCACUCCAUCCACGUGCUAAACGCGACCAGUCUUCUCCAGCACGUCAUCAGCUUCAUGAGACAGUUCUUCAGCCCCAAGAUAAUAGACCGCGUGGUGGUUCACGAGUCUUUAGACGAUUUGCACAUGAGCGUUCCUAAGAGAUAUCUGCCGAAAGACUACGGUGGUGAAGAGGCGGCGUUGUCUGAGUUUAAAAAUAAAUAUGAAAAAGAAAUAAGAAGCACAAACACCAAGCAGUUCCUCCUCAAUUGUAUGAAAAUGGUCUCCAACGAGAAGAAAAGACCAAAUUCUGAUAUCAAUGAAGAAUUUCUUGCUGGUUCUUUCAGGAAGUUAGAUUUUGACUAAUUUUAAGUGGUUGGUGUAUAUUUUUAAUGCUUAGUUAAUAAGUGUAGCUCUUAUUAUUUUAUAUUAAAGUUUUAAGUAUUGGU